AUGCCAUUAGAAAUCCUGCUAGAAAUAGCAUUCUAUCUUCCAGAUGCUCGUACUGCCGUUCAACUUAGUUGCGUCAGUUCAUCGCUGUACUGGAAAAUAGCAGGAUCCCAAUAUUUUUGGUACAGGUUUGGAAAUCAAGUAUUAAAGAAAUUCCAGAAGUUCAGUCAGACGUAUAAUUACCACGGUUAUAUUGUCAACGUUAUGUCGGGAGGGAUAAAGAGUACUUGUCAGAUCUGUUUAACCCCGAAGCGUGGAAUUGUUAGGAAGGGAAUAGGGAAAGUGGUGUGCAUGAUUUGCCUUGAUGAAAAUAUCGUCCGUGCCGAUGUCGUUCAACAAAUCUCAAAUAUGGACCUAACAAACUUACAAGAAUUCGAAGCAAUAUUUUAUCUAGAUGGAGAACCGAAUACUAGGAUAAAUAGAUUACAAUGGCAUAAACGCUCCUGCUAUUGGCUUCCAGCGGUUAAGAGGGAAACAACAAAGGCAUAUGGCCUCCCAUGGGGAGAGGUAAUGGCAAUGCACCAAGAUGUAAGGCCGCUCACCUCGCCGAAACAGAUCCGAGAGUAUUAUCAUCAGGUCCACGAAAGGAUUUUCGACGAGACUACAAGUAGAUUUCGCCAAGAACUAGGGAGACUUUUCAGGGGAAUACUCGAACCAGAUGCUUUCCGUGGAAUGCUAAGGCUUGAGCAGUCUGGAAUAACAGCCGGAUUAUCUGUGCCAACUGAAGGCCAAAACGAUCAAGCCGACGACGCAUGGGUAGGUGCCACCGCCCUACACUUAUAUGUAGAAUACUUCGGUACCCAGGUUUCUAUAUCCCAACCAGCACAAGUACGAAUGUACAGGACAGGAAGGCUCUGGGGGUUAAUUUCAGUGACUCUAUUGAAUCGGUUGACCUCCGGGGGGAAAUACCGCGGGGGGUGUAUAUUUUGCCCUAACCAACCACACAUACACUACGGGAACUACCUUGGGGCGACUGAGUUUUUAGAACAUGUGGCGCACUAUCACCCCGAAAAGGUUCUACAUCUGAAGCACUCCUGGGAUGUAUGA